AUGCAGGCCAAGAAACGCUAUCUAUUAUUAUUCGUAACAUGUGCGUUUCUUGGUUAUUGCUAUUUCGGUGGAUAUCGUUUAAAAAGCGAAAAAUGGACAGGCAGAUCUCAGUUGCCUUAUGAGCGAUUGCCUUCAUAUUUAAGUCUAAACGAAGAGUUCUAUGACAAAGAUUUAAAGACAUCCAGCGGGGCUUUGAUCAUAUCUCAACGUACACGGUAUUGUCGUAUGGAAACUUGCUUUGACUUUACAAGAUGCAAGCAAGGUUUCACCGUGUAUGUUUACCCGGUCGAGGAUGUGAUAAGUCCACUAUACCAAAAAAUAUUAAAUGUUAUCACGGAGUCGAGAUAUUACACGUCGGACCCAGCACGGGCAUGUAUAUUUGUCUUAGCCCUGGAUACAUUAGAUAGAGAUCCCUUAUCGACUGAAUUUGUACACAAUCUUCCCUUGAAAUUAUUGCACCUGCCAUAUUGGAAUAACGGAAGGAAUCAUCUGAUAUUCAACUUGUAUUCUGGUACGUGGCCCGAUUAUUCCGAAGAAUCGCUGGCUUUCGAUGUGGGUUAUGCCAUGCUCGCUAAGGCCAGCAUGUCCAUCUUUAAACACAGACCUGACUUUGAUGUGUCAAUACCUCUGUUUGGCAAACAACAUCCGGAACGUGGUGGAGAACCCGGCCAAGCGUUAGAAAAUAAUUUUCCUAAUAAUAAAAAAUAUGUGGCAGCUUUUAAGGGAAAACGAUAUGUGCAUGGCAUUGGAUCCGAGACAAGAAAUGCUCUCUAUCAUCUGCAUAAUGGUAAAGAUUUGGUGUUUGUUACAACUUGCCGCCAUGGGAAGACUUGGAGAGAAUUCCAGGAUGAACACUGUCAGCAAGAUAAUCAAGAAUAUGAUACAUAUGACUAUGAAAUUUUAUUAAUGAACGCUACGUUUUGUCUCGUUCCACGAGGACGACGAUUAGGUAGCUUUCGAUUUCUAGAAGCCCUGAGAUCGGGGUGUAUUCCAGUCAUUUUAAGUAAUGGUUGGGCUCUUCCCUUUCAUGAGCGUAUUGAUUGGAAUCAGGCUGUAAUAUUUUCCGACGAGAGAUUAUUACUCCAAAUUCCGGAUAUAUUACGAUCUGUGUCCAAUGUACAAAUUCUAAAACUACGGCAACAAACACAAUUUUUAUGGGAGAGAUAUUUUUCUUCUAUUGAAAAAAUUGUUUUUACCGUGUUCGAGAAUAUUCGCGAGCGUUUGCCAUGGGAAGGUGCGAGGGAAAGAAUUGUCUGGAACAAUAGUCCUGGAGCAUUGGCGAUUUUGCCGCAGUUCACUGAUAGUCAGCAGGAACUUCCCUUUUCAAACAGUAAUCCUGGUAACACUUUCACUGCCAUAAUCUAUUCGCAAUUGGGAUCCACCGCCGUACUUUAUCGUUUACUUAGGAGUCUCGCGAAAAGCAAGUAUCUAGAUAAGAUAAUACUUAUGUGGAACUCGGACAUUCCGGUGCCAAGAAAACCACGUUGGCAAGGUAUCAGAGCGUCAAUUCACGUUGUCGCGGUUGAUGGCAUAUCUCAACGUUUUUAUCCUCAUCCGUUAAUCAAAACUAGUGCCAUAUUGUCACUCGACGAGGACGCCACUCUAAAUACCGAUGAGAUUGAUUUCGCUUUUACGGUUUGGCGGUCAUUUCCUGAUCGAAUAGUAGGGUAUCCAGCAAGGUCUCACUAUUGGGAUGACUCAAAGCGUUCCUGGGGUUAUACCAGUAAGUGGACAAACGACUACAGUAUCAUUCUCACCGGUGCAGCUUUUUACCACCGCUAUUAUAAUACUCUAUAUACCGAGUUGUUAAGCUCAACUCUCCAUAAGACCGUGGAGCAGUCGCAGAAUUGCGAGGAUAUACUCAUGAAUUUCCUGGUGAGUCACGUAACUCGAAGGCCGCCUAUUAAAGUGACGCAGCGCAAAUUGUACAAAGAUACCACGGUAGCUGGAAUUAGAUCGCCGUGGAACGAUCCGGAUCAUUUCAUACAACGACAAACAUGCAUGAACACAUUUGUCGCUGUUUUCGGGUAUAUGCCAUUGUUGCGAUCUAACAUGCGAUUGGACCCCGUUCUGUUCAAAGAUUCCGUGAGCAAUUUGCGCAAGAAAUAUAGGCAAAUUGAACUAGUUAGUAAUUAGAAUUGUACACACUGCUCGAUUACGCAUGACUAUUUAAUUUUUCAAGCGCGCCAAAUAACGCAAAAUCUUUGCGUACGAUACUAGAUCUAUUUUUUUAGCGCACUUAUGAUAAAAAUGAAGUCAGAAGAAUGUUAUGUAUGUACAUAAUUUUAGAGAAUGAAAAAGGAAAGAGCGGAAUAAUACGAGCAAGUGCAAUAAUUAUAGCUAAAAAAACAGAUCUACCGUCUUUGUCGUAUGAAUGUGCAUAUACAGGUAUAUACGGGACACAUUCGCGCGUUUGCGUGCUAUGCCAUAUUAGGCUAUUGGUAUUGUCGGGCAGCAAAUCAAAGUCCGUUAUUCUCAGCAAGGACGCACGGUGAUAUCCCUGCGAUUUAUUUGCUAGUAAUUUUGUACAAAUUGUAGAAUCAUAACGAUGCCGUUUCAAUUUGACGAUAUCUCGCGCAGCUAUCACUAACUGCGGGUUAGCAUUUAAUUGAUGUACAUACAAAUUAUUUCGUAAUUAUUUUCG